CAAAUAUCUCUUUAAGAACUCAAUAAGAAAAGAGUCUGAGCAUGACACCAGUGACCUUUAGAGGGACCUCUUCUGAUUUUCAAAGCAGAGCUGUUCUAACGUGUCUGAAUAACCUUCCAAACCAUGAACGACAUUAAUGUGUUCAUCAUCUUUUUGUUGGAUGCCGUGUUCCAUUUCAUAGGGCCGGCUCAAUGUUUUUACAUCGGGGCUGAUUGCCACAAGCCACUUGGACUAGCCGAUGGACGAAUAAAUGACUCUCAGUUAACUGCCAGCUCAGUCUUUGGAGACAACUACACUCUGUACGGACCUGGGCGAGGUAGACUGAACCGGACUGGAGGAUAUCGAGCUCAACCAGGAGCAAAUGUUUCAUCAUUUACAGUGACAUUUGAUCAACCUAUGAUUAUAACUGAGGUAGCCACUCAAGGUUACUUUGGAAACAACAUACAAGAAUGGACUAAAGGAUAUCAUUUAGGAUAUUCAAUUGGAGACGGCACACAUUUCUUCAAGGAGAAAAACGAAGACCGCGCAAAGCAAUUUAAAGGUAACGUGGAUGAUAACAGUAUCACACUUCAUAUGGUACCAAGGCCGGCGAUGUUAAAAUCAGUUCACAUCAUACCAACUGAAUGGGAAAAUAACUUUGCUCUGAGACUGGAAUUAUAUGGAUGUAUCGCAGAUGGAAACGAAUGCGAGAGCCUUCCAUGUCAGAAUAACGGCACUUGCUUGGAGAAAAUCCGUGGAUUUAAGUGCAACUGCUCUGACGGCUUCAAUGGCCCCCAUUGUGAAAUCAACAUUGAUGACUGUGCCAGCAAUCCCUGUCAGAAUAAUGGUAGUUGUUUAGAUCUGGUAAAUGAUUACCAAUGCGUUGGUUGUUUGUCUGGAUACUCUGGACAGAAAUGUGACAUAGAAAUAGAUGAAUGUGCUUCCAGUCCCUGUCAGAACAAUGGUACUUGUACAGACUUACUAAAUGAAUUUUACUGCAACUGUUCGGCUGGAUUUAAAGGAUCAAAUUGUGAAAUAGAGGUGAAUGAAUGUGGAAGUAACCCAUGCCACCACGGUGCUACGUGUAAAGAUCAAAUUAACGGUUUCACCUGCAUCUGCCCUGCAGGCUUUGGAGGACCGAGAUGUAGUCAGGAGACUGAAUUCUUUUUGGUUGUGUGGCUUAAGUUGAAGAAUAUGACAUUCACACUUACCCUUCUGAACGAAAGUUCUACUCUGUACCAGAAAAAGGAAGAUGAAGUCAUUCAUGAGGUCUAUAACUCCUUGCUUUUUGAUGAAAGAGAUCACUUCUUCGGUUCAGCUUUAAGGAUGUUCAGUCCUUCUGAGUUAAAACCAAAUGUGUUAGCCGAUAUUCUUCUCAGGACUCUAAUGAAUAGCACAAAACACAUCAUGGCCGUUAUUACCAAGAAGUUUGAGUCCCACACGUACCAAGGAAUCUUCGAUACCGGUGAUGGACUGGUAUUUGAGGAUAGAGGUGAUCCAUCCUGCAAGCCUGUUAACAUAUCUUCACCCACAGUAAAUGGACAGCCUCUCUCUACCGAUAUCACGCAGCCAACUAAAGUGAAAAAAUCAGAGGACUUUGUUUUUUCUGCGAAGUUAGAAUCAAAUUGUCGCGUAUCGAGUUUAAUUUCAAAAGUUCACAUCGAAACAGACAUCUAUGCUAUUAACACGAUAUCAGGAUAUUUUAAACAUAAGAGGAAAGGUGUUCUUUAUCCUUAUGCUGAUUCAGUCAAACAAACAAUCCCUAGUAAAACAUUGGACUAUGGCCAUUAUUUCAUGAAGAUCAUCGGGAUCUCAGAUAACAAAAGAAAGAUCAGCAGUUUUGGUUACAUAGAAGUUACGUCCACUACUCUGGUGGCCAACAUAUCAGGUGCAAAUCACGCCUCUCAAGGACUAAAUGAGAAACUGACCCUUAAUGGUUCAAAGUGUUAUGAUCCUGAUGUCGGACAAGGAGUCUACACUGGAAUGAAUUUCACCUGGCUUUGUAGAAAAGAAAGUGAAGUAUUUCCGGAUGACGCGACAACACUUCCCGAGGUUUCCCCUCUGGCUGGCUCAACUCUUCCACAAAAAAGGGACCGUGAAGGCUGUUAUGGUACUGGUGUGGGAAAACUAAGACCGAGAAAUGGGUUUCCAUACAUCCUCGAUCUUGAUGUCGAUAAAAUGGAAGGUGACGAGGAUUACGUCAUCAAGCUCGAUGUGAGGAAAAGAGGGUUGGUUGACUUUGCGCUUCAUCGACUUCGAGUCAAAGAGGAAAUUCGCUUAAAAAUAAUCUGUGAACACUGUAAAAGUGAUGUGAUCCAAUCAUCAAGACUGAUCCUGGAAACAAAUUGCACAGGUCUCCUUUGCAACAAAAUCCAGCAGUACUCUUGGUCAAUCAAAUAUCGCGUAAAAGAUGAUGCACACUGGCAACACGUAAUAAACGAAGAUGAAGUAGUGCUAACGUAUGAUAAUUCACCAAACUUGAUACUGGCGCAGGGAAAACUCCAUGGUAACGCCACUUAUAAUGUCACAGUAACUGGAAGAACCUCACGAGGACAUACGUCCACUGCAACGUACUCGUUUAUGACGAAUUCGCCACCAAGUGGAGGAGAAUGCAAAGUCAACACAGCUGAGGGGAAGGCCUGGAAAACUGACUUCGUGUUCAGUUGCAAUGGCUGGUACGAUGAGGAGCUCCCUCUACGGUUCACGUUCAGCUAUUAUAGCAGUGAGGGCAUUGAAAUGGUAUUUCAAUCGGGGACUUCAAACACAGCUAUAGGAAAAUUACCGGUUGGAGAUUCGAACAGGGAUUUUAAAUUGCAAGUUCAGAUGACUGUCGCUGAUGCAUUAGGAUCUAUAGUGAACACUGGGGUGUAUGUUCAAGUUAUCGAGCCUAAAAUAUCCGUUGAGAUUCUGAACAAAGAGGUGUCCACAGAAGGACCAAUGAAUGAAUAUUUAAAGGAAAACAACAUAGAGAAGGCGGCACAAAGAGCGACAGCUGUUCUGUCAGUGGUCAAUCACGCACCGGUGAAUGAGAUGAAGACAAAAGAGAAGAUCAAGAUUAAAGAUGCCAUUGUUGACGCUUGGUCGACGGUUAAAGUAGCAGAGUUACAACAGGUGCUGCAGGUUUCAGCGGUUGUUGCAGGCGUAGCCGACCAACGAAAUGAGCUCUCAAUUGAAUCCCAGGAGAAGGCAGUUAAGAUGUUGGAUUCUAUGGCAAAUUUUAUGGAAAAAAGUGUAAAUAACAAGUCAAGCUCUGAAGGAUCUGUCGAGCAUGUGGGAGCAGCAUUGUUAAAUGGAUUGGGAAACUUGCUGGACAUUACUUCUCAUGAAGCCAAGGAAGAUACAAGCGGAGAAGAAUUACCACCUGUUCAAAUCACUCAUGAAAGAAGAGAGAAGAGCAAAGCGUUUUCAAAACGAAUACUAAACCUCGUCACUCGUCUUGGUAGCACAGUUGAUAACACAAAAAAACUGUACGAAAAGCCAAGCGUGCUCAAGUCCAAGUCUGUAUCCAUGGUACUUGACCGGCAAAUUCCCUCAAGAAUUGGAAAUAAGUCUCUAGUGUACCAGGACUCCAAAGUUACACUUCCGUCUGUUGAAGUCCUGAUAGGAGAAGAGAGUAGAAACAAAGAAUAUCUCUCUACUCAGCUUGUCACCUUCAAACAUAAUCCUUACACGUGGACCAAAGGUGCGAAUAAUAUAAAGUCUGUUGUCAUCGACUUUGAGCUUAAAAACGAUGAGGGAUACCCGCUUAACGUUUCAAACCUCUCCGAGGUGGUCGAGCUCUUCAUUCCGCCACUUGUGGAGGCAAACGCGAAGAAACCUCAGAUUUACUUCGUAAAACCGAGUGAAAAUGGAACGAUGCGAUUCCACAGAAUUGUAUUCCCAGGCCCUGAGUAUGUUAUCUCUAUUAAGCUCAUCCCUUCUCAUCUACAUUCUCUUAGAUUAUUCGUGCGAUAUCGAAAGAGACCAACAAUGACAAAUUACAACUAUAGCGCAUCGGUUCCAGAUUACAGCUCCUGUAACUAUUCUAAGGAAAACCGCUACACGAAUUGUAGCACUGAGGCGUACAUUGUUACUAUGUCCGCCGCAGAUACAGGGCAUACAGGACUUCACUAUUUAGGCAUCACAGUUGAUGCGUUUCAUCAAACAACAAAGAAGAACAUAACCGCUGGUCAAGAGAGACGUGUAAGGCGUGGAUGCGGGGGUACUGGACGGCAGAAGAGAUCUUGUGUAAAAGUAAAAGAUCCCCCAUCUACCCCUCCUCCAAUAGUUGUAGUGGAGCCAUCAUUUAACGCCAGCACCGAUGUCAAUUACACCUUGUCAGUGUCUAUGGGGACAUGCCAGUAUUGGAACGUAACAGCAGACGCUUGGUCACCGGAGGGAUGCAAGGUUGGACCCAGAUCAUCGGCGAGAAAGGUACAAUGUUUGUGCAAUCACCUUUCUUCUUUUGGUGGGGACUUUUUCGUCGCUCCUAAUCCAAUUGACUUCGACUACGUUAUCAGGAAAUUCCCUGAUAUUUUUGAAUCAGGGAAUGUUCUUGUCUUGGCCAUGGUGCUAUCAAUAUAUGGUGUAUGGAUCCUUGGCAUUGUGAUCGCUAGACGAGCUGACAGAAAGGACGAAAACAAAGUAAUCGAAAAUCUUCGACUCCAAGCCGAGGGCGGACAUCUGUAUGAGGUUUCAGUGUACACUGGGAUGUGGAAAGACUCUGGUACAUCAGCGAAUGUCGCCAUGAUCGUGUAUGGUGAGGAAAUACGAAGCGAGACGUUAAAAUUAUUUGACAAAUACAGCAACAAAAGGCUGUUUGCGCGGGCAAGUGUAAACAGCUUCACUGUCUCUUUACCAGACAAUUUAAAUUCUCCUUUAAUGAUCAAGCUAUGGCACGACAAUUCAGGAGCUUAUCCAUCUUGGUAUGUCAACCAGAUCACAAUUAAAGAUCUCGAAACUGAUGAGAAAUGGUAUUUCUUGUGCGGCCGAUGGCUUGCAGUCGAUAAAGAAGAUGGGGAAGUUCAAGUAGACAUUCCAGUUGCAAGCAAAAGCGACUUGUCAAGCUUUAAGUACCAAUUCUACACCCGAGUAACCAAUAACUUGGUAGAUGGCCAUAUAUGGUUAUCAUUAUUAACCAGGCCUCCUCACAGUCCAUUCACGCGCUCGCAAAGGCUCUCUUGCUGUGUCUGCGUUCUUUUGUCUGCAAUGUUAGCAGGAGCAAUGUUUUAUCAGUUUGGCGAGAAGCAGAAUGACACAUUUAAGCUUGGUCCUUUUCGACUAAGUGUAAAACAAAUCGUCAUUGGGGUCCAAAGCGCUCUGAUUGUUGUUCCUUUAAACUUGCUUAUUGUUACAAUAUUUAGAAACAUUAAAGUUCCAUACGACCACAUGAAAACAUUCCAUGAGAGUGACAAAAUUUCAGAUCGGUAUACCGCAGAAUCACACGGAAACAAAAAGGUUAAGACUCCUGGAUGUCUUCCUCAUUUCUUUGUAUACAUUGCCUGGUUACUUUGUAUUCUGGCGUCUCUUGCGGCCGGAGCAUUUCUCGUAUUCUACAGCGUCCAGUGGGGCAAAGAAAUAUCAAGACAAUGGCUCACGUCAGCCCUGAUAUCGUUCUUUCAAGACGUAGCGCUUAUGCAGCCCAUUAAAGUUGUUGCUGUUGCCUUACUUCUCGCGUUAAUCCUUAAGAAACCUCCCGAGGAGAAAACUGCUCCAUCAUUUAAGGAUUCAUCUUUAGAAACAAACAACAAUUCUGAUGUUAAAGCACCCACUGGAGAUGAGCUUGUACUUGCAAGGAAGAACAGAGAAAGUGUAGUGGAGACCAUCAACAGCGUUGUAGAGAUACUGCUCUAUUUACUUUUCGUUAUUUGCCUUUUUGUGUUGGUGUAUGGAAAUCGAGGUUACAGUCGAUACCGACUCACAACGAGUUUGGAGUCAAUGCUCAAAGGCUCAUUUGAAGAGAUGGACUCAAAGUUUGCAUUUUGGGAUUGGGUUGAGGCAGAGUUUAUUCCAGGCGUCUAUGAUACCACGUGGUACAAUGGUCAGCAGUUCAUAUCACCAGAAGGUUAUAUUAGCACCAGAACGGCCUUCCUAGUUGGUAUGCCCAGGCUAAGACAAGUCAGAGUUAAGGAAGAAUAUCCAUGUCAGAUGGGAAAACACUACUCUGAAUUAAACGAACUCUUCAAGAGAUGUAUUCCUCCCUAUUCACCCCAUGACGAAGACACCUCGCUAUUGAACCAGCCUGGAUGGGUACCGAUGACGAAUAUCAGCCACUACCAUUCGGAGUUUGAAUUAUCGAGGCUUUGUCCGAAACCCUGGCGUUAUAUUUCGUCAAAGGAUUUAAACACCUUGUGGUCCUAUGGAAGAAAUACUAGGUACGAUGGUGGAGGGUAUGUUGCCGACCUUGGAUAUGACUCGCGAACUGCAUCAAGAGUUGUAAUCAAUCUUAAAAGCAACAACUGGAUCGAUGAAAGAACCGCUGUAGUUUUCGUUGAGUUCACCGUUUUUCAACCUUCAAGCUCCUUAUUUAGCGUUGCAAAGCUUCUUUACGAGCUUUAUCCGAUUGGAAAACCUGUUACCAAAGUGUACCUUGAUACCCUUUCCAUAUAUGGAUUCUCUGACCCAUCUCUUCGCUCUUUUUCAUUGGCCUGCCAAAUUACCCUGCUACUUUUAAUUGUUUACUUUUUGCUGAUAGAAGCUUUGAAGAUAUACCGACAAAGUUGUGCAUACUUCGGCUCCUUUUGGAACUGGAUAAACAUUCUCCAACUUAUUUCUGCACUGACAACAAUUGCGUUUUUUUUCUUGAAGGAAAAGUACGUAUCAUCGUUUGUAAAAUACGUUCGGGCAAACCCAUUUGACACGGCGAGUGCUGACUAUGUACUUUUCUGGAUCGAUCUCGAGAUGAUGGUUCUGUCCAUUGUAGUAUUCAUUGUCACAGUUAAAUUCUUGAGGAUUAUUCGUUUCAACAAGCACGUUUGCCAAAUGGUAGCUUCGCUCAAGCUUUCUUCGCCACAUGUCAUGUCUUAUUCCGUCUUAUUUUGUAUAAACAUAAUUUCAUUCGUUCUCUUUGGAGUGCUGGUGUUUGGCAACGAUAUCGAAUCUUACCAUUCGUUCAUGGAUGCAUUGGCGACAUUGACACAAAAAUUUCUCGGUGGAGAAUUACUUUAUGACGACCUUCAAUCUGCUAAUCGCAUUAUUGGCCCUGUUUAUCUGUUUGCCUUCAUGCUCAGCAUGUCUUUCAUCCUCAUAAACAUGUUUGUGGCUAUCCUUAAUGAAUCCUAUGAGAGCGUCAAGGAAAUGUCCGGUGGCAAAUUUGCGGAAGCAGAUCUGGGAACAUUUAUCAAGGAAUACUACUUCACACGAUUGAAAUGUUUACACGAAAUCUUGAAAAGGAAGCUGGCCAGCUUUGGUUAUCGGCACAAGUUGUAUGACAGGCCAAGGCAAGAACGAAAGUUGACCAUGAAGGAGGAGUGUGUUGGGAGCAUUACGUACCUAUCAACAGACUAUCCUCUAUAUAUGGAUCAUGUAUACCAUUCAUCUCAACUUGCACUGAUCGAAAACGAAUCCCGGGCUGACACAGGAUCUGAUUCAUGCAGUGUAGAGGCCGUUACCUUAGAAGAUGAACCAGACAUCAUUAGCGCACCUUCACCUGUUUCUAGCGAUGCGUUGGAUGGGGAACUAUUGGACUUGUUGACCGACCUUCCAGAGUCCGUGGUCACACCUUCAUUUGCAUCUAAUAGAGCGUGUUCUAAUGUGGACUUCAUGAGUUUGUUGCGUGAUUUGCCCGAGUCUAUCGUAGACGAUGACGAAACAAUUGAUAAUGUUCGUAAAGGACUCGCUGACGUAGGAGCAGUUUUGAGACUGGACAAGCAAACCCUAAGGAGAUUUUCAACGACGGGUGACAAGUAUAUCGUGCAGGCGAACAUACAAAUGAGACCUCCAGUAGCUUUACAUUUCAGAUCGCGGCGGAAUUCAGAAGAAAAUGGUGUGGAUAUUGAAAAAUAAUUUACAAAUUGGGACCUUAAAAGUAACGAUUUAAUUUGAGGAACGUUUUGUGUCGAUGUCGUUUAAAUUGCGUGAUUUUCCAUAAAUAUGCUCAAGACUUUCUACCUAUCAAGCUUUUUUAAGAGUUAUUUUGAACCCUUUGCUUCUAGUUACAGCAUAGAAUGUACCGUGAACCCGAAAAAUAACGCGCGUGAUAAGUACCAGUAAAGGCAUAAAUGGGGUCAGAUUGGCCCAUCACAUAUUUUUAGCUAGCACGGUUAACUGUCUUUUUUAUUAUAGAAACAGAGCUAGAUGGAAAACAUUGAAGAAAAGUUAAAAAAAAAUGGUUCGUGAAAAUCAGCUUAAUUCUAUAUCAUUUACGUGACACAUUUCGUGAACUCAUCUUUCCACAUUUUCUAUCAUUAAACUCGUGCAUUAGGUCUAUUUUAUACGAAGGAAAAGGACGUAAACAUAAUUACCGCACUUUUGGACGUCUAAGUUGGAUGAAUUAGCAACUUAAGAAUGGCUGCCUGUAAGGAUCGAGAAUCGUCCGUCAGCGACCAUUUUGGUGAAUUGCUCAUA